UCGAGAUGGAAGGCAAAGAAGUGGUAAUUUUCACAACUGUGAUGACAUUGUGGUGGAGUGCCGGGAAUUGUUACGACUCAAUAGUUGCAAAAGAUGGUUCAGGCGACUAUAAAACCAUCGCUGAAGCGUUAAUUGCAGCUCCAAAUAUGAGUUCAAAACCAUACUUUAUACAUGUCAAAGAAGGCACUUACAAUGAAAACAUUACCAUUCCUAGCAAUAAAACUAACAUAUCCCUGGUUGGCGAUGGGAUGGGAGUCACAAUAAUUUCAGCAAAUAAAAGUAGCAGUAUGGGUCUCGAAACAGAUAAUACCGCCACAUUAGAAGUUUACGGCAGUGGUUUUAUUGGAAUGAAUAUGACAAUCAAAAAUACUGCUGGACCAGAAGGCAGUCAAGCAGCUGCAUUGACCAGUGCUCCUUGGCACGGUUUCGCUUCAUAUUAUCAGUGCCAAUUUGUGGCUUUCCAGGAUACAAUUUUUUCUCAAGUAGGGUCCGCAUUUUUCAGAGAAUGCGAAGUUUAUGGCACUAUCGAUUUUAUCACUGGUGAUGGACAAGCCAUUUUUCAAAAUAGUGUAGUUUAUGCAAGAACACCUACACAUGGACAAGAGAUCACAAUAGUGGCCCCUGGCCAAGACACAGUAACUCAGAGUCCAGGGUUAGUUCUUCAGAAUUGUACAAUAUCUCCUGCAUCAGGUUUUAAUAAGUCAGCAGUGACAAGUUACUUAGGCAGGCCAUGGAAAAAUCAAGGGAAUGGAGUAAUUAUGUCGAGUUAUAUUGAAGACUUUAUUGACCCGCAAGGUUGGCUUCCAAAACCAAAUGUGACGAACAUAUAUUUGGCGGAGUAUAAUAAUAGAGGACCAGGGUCCAGUACGGAAGGCAGAGUAAAAUGGUCGAAAAUCAUCGAUAAAACAGAAGCGUCUAAGUUCACAGUCCGCAACUUUAUGCAAGGUGGUGAAUGGAUCCCCGAUAUAAUCCCACACUAUCUAGAUCUUGAUGGUGCUGCUGAGGAUUCUCUUUAGGAAUUUAUGAAUGUUUAGACAUGUUUGUGUUUGAUUCUUCAAAGUAUUAAUGUCAUUUGAAGUGUUGAUUCAAAUGCUAUAAGUCGGGGAAGGAUGUCUCAUCACAAUAAAGAGCACUUGUCUUUCUAUAUGCUGUUCAAUUUCCCAAUAUUAGAAUUAUUAGACCAAAAUGUUGAUGAUUGUAUGGUUACUUUUAUCCUAAACCUUGUACUGCUUUAAGAUUCUUGUUUCCUUUUCUCUUAGCGAUCAGAUAAGUAAUACUAAUGGGAGUGCU